AUGCGCUACUCGGCACCGCUAUCAUGUUUAGCAUGGCUACCGAUCCUUGCCGUCCGCGCGCAAUCGCAAGAGCCAACUUUCUCCCUCCAAUUUCCUGAUCCCACACCGACUCGGAGCCUUGCCACAAUCACAGAUGCUGUGACGGCAGUGCCAGCGCCGACCGGAACGGGCGAACCGUGUGGGCUUGUCGCGGAGGCCAUAAGCAGGUCCAGGCAGAGGAGGGUAUACGUGGAUGCAGAGCUUGCCUACAACUGCCUCAUCUCCGUACCAUUCGACCAGCAAAACGGCCUCGAUACCUUAGAGGCCAUAACCCGCAUGACGCAAUGGCAGUCAACCCUCGCAUUACUUAAGAAUCCACCGUCCGAGGGUUACGACAACCCUCCGGUGGACAUCCUAGGAGAACUCACCGGUGUCCGACAACGGAUUCUUGACGGACAGUACCAGAAUGAGUACAGCUUCGAAGAGGACAUCGCGAACAAUAUUGGGCGUGCUUAUGAUGGCCACUUGACAUGGGACGGCAUGGCAUACACCGGUGCAAUUAGGUGGACAAGAGAUUUCGACGCCGCUUUGGUCUCAGUAUCAUUGGAUGGGGCCGAACCAAGAAUUUACGCUCUCAGCGACAUUAACAGCACAACCACCACGCCAUCUCCUGUUACUUCGAUCAAUGGACAGGAUGCGAUCGCGGUUCUACAGCAAGAAGCGUUGCAAUCAGCUUAUCAUGAUCCGGACACGCGGUGGAACUCUCUGUUCUUCCUUGGCCCAGCAGAAUCUUGGGGGCAGUUCAUUAGGCCUAGGGCUUACCCUGGGCCUACGCUGGAGUUGACCUUUGAAAACGGGACUACAGCUGCUUUUACCAACAGGGCGUUGGUUAUGGAUUCUUCAAGCUGGGAUGGGAUUAGCGAUGGCAGCGACUUCUAUCGAACCUUCGUCCAAUACUCGCCAUCACAAAGUUCUCAGAAGAGGGAGAUCCAAACCAUGCCGAACCGCACACCUUCCAGGUUACAGCUCCGCAACCUUGAUGAGCCUGUCGGUCGACGUCAAGCGCCUCAUGAGAAGCACACUCCCGGCCAAAACAAAGAAUCAGGAUGGAACCUCAAGCUCAGACAGCGCGACGAGCCGGUGCUUGAGCAGCGGGAUUUCGACGAGCCGCACACACCGUUAGUGCGGAAAAUCAAGACGCAGACGCUGCCAGAUGAGCAUCAGGCAGGAGCUCCGCUCGGCUACCCUGAGGCGUUCGUGGUGCACUCUGCUGAGGAUGUGUACCUGGCGGGCUACUUCAUUCAAACAUCCAUCGGUCGCGUCGCUGUACUCAUGGUCCAGACUUUUAACACCGACAGUGACAAUGACAGCCAGGAGUUCCAGUCACUUUUGGAGGACUUCAUCGCGGAAGCGAAGACGCAAGGGGCGCAAAAAGUCAUAAUCGACGUCCGCGACAACGGCGGCGGCAAGAUCUUCCUCGGCUACGAGACCUUCAAGCAGUUCUUCCCCAACAUCGAGCCCUUCGGCGGAAACCGGUACCGCGCGCACAGCGCCGUGAACCUAAUCGGCGAGCAAGUCUCAACCCUCCGCCUGACGCAAAACACCGUCGACCUGUACACCAGCCCCUUCAACUACCACUCUUACCUGGACGCCGACCUCGCCGACUUCACCUCCUGGGACGACAUGUACGGCCCCGUCUCGGCCUCCCUUGACGCCUUCACCAACACUCUGCGUUACAACCUCUCCGAUCCGCUCCUCACCGCCUCCGAGGACUUCGGCAUCGGCAUCAGCCUAACCGGCUACCUCGACCGCGCCUCCGUGCCCUCCUCCCCUCCCUUCCGCGCAGAGGACAUCAUGAUCCUCUCCGACGGCAUCUGCGCCUCAACCUGCGCGCUCUUCACCGAGAUGAUGACGCGCGAAGCCGGCGUGCGCACCUUCGCGAUCGGCGGCCGCCCUCAACUGGGGCCCAUGCAGCCCGUCGGCGGAACCAAGGGCUCCAACGUGCUGUAUGCAGAAUACCUCCUCAUCAUCUCCGACGCCAUGCUGCGCUACUUCGCCGCCUCGCGCAGCGAAGUACAGCGCUGGGCGGACGUGCUGCCGUUCCCGUUCGCCAUCAACGCGGCCGACGCGAGCGUGAAUUUCAAGGACCAGAUCCGGGAGGGGGAGGAGACGCCGCUGCAGUUUACGAAUGAGACGGCGGAUUGUCGGAUCUGGUAUUCUCCGGCUAUGGUCACGAAUGUCACGGCGGUGUGGGAGGCGGUUGCGGAGAUCAGUUGGGGUGGGGAGGGUGGGGGCAUUGAUAGUGGCAGGUGUGUGCCGGGGAGUUCGAGGCGCGAGCAGGAUGCUGCUGCUCCGAGGGACGAGAAUGGAGGAGAUGCUGAGGGGGCGGCUGUGGGGGCUUUUGGACGGCCGGUUGGGGGAACGGUGCAGUUGGUUGUGUGCACGUUGGUGGUUUUGAUGGCACAGUGCAUGUUGUAA